AUGUCAUGGUUGUUACAGCAACGACCUUGGAACGAUUUCGAACUAGGGUUUCUUGUUUCGCUAAAAUUAUUAGUUAUGCCACCAAAAAAGAAUUCAAAAAGCGAUACAGCAAUAGUGAGAUCAAUGACUGAAAUGAUUAAAGACUAUGAACAUCGAGUUGAGCAUUAUGAAACAACAGUAUGUAAUUCAAUUAGAAAGUGUUUUAAAAAAGCUUUGGAAGAAGAUCGUCCUGUGACAAGAUUUUUAGUUGAUCCACAAGAUCGUCGUAUAGUUGAAUAUUGGGACGAUGACAGACUGAUUGAAGCUCUUAAAGAAGACACCGAUGAAGGUGUAACUAUCUAG